AGUCAGAAGAAGACGAAGUACAUGGGCUCUCAGGGCCCGACCCACGGCCUAAACAAAGAGAGAAGGAAAAAUGAGGAGAAACCUAGACGACAGAUUGCCCCCACUCGAGCAGUUCGUUCGCCGCAUCUCCGGUGCGCCGCCUUCCUGCGCUCGCUCGCUGACCCUUGGUGCCCAACCAAUGCCGGCCACGGCGUUUAUGGAGCUGGCGCUCGACCAGGCCAAGUUUGCGCUGGACAACCUGGAGGUUCCUGUAGGGUGUGUGAUUGUGGAGAACGGGAAGGUUAUUGCCUCUGGUAGCAACAGGACCAAUGCCACCCGGAAUGCUACGAGACAUGCUGAGAUGGAAGCAAUCGAUGUCCUUCUCCAGGAGUGGCAGAGUAUUGGCCUUGACCAGACACUGGUCGCGGAGAAGUUUGCAGGCUGUGACCUCUAUGUCACGUGUGAGCCAUGCAUAAUGUGUGCAUCAGCAUUGUCGAUACUAGGAAUCAGGGAAGUAUACUUUGGAUGUCCGAAUGAUAAAUUCGGAGGAUGUGGAUCAGUCAUGUCACUGCAUGAGAGCCUUUUGUCGGAUGACUUGACAGGGAGCCAAGAUACCAGAUCAAGAGGUUUUAAAUGUACUGGGGGGAUUAUGGCGGAAGAGGCAGUAGCUCUUUUUAGAAAUUUCUAUGAACAAGGAAACCCGAAUGCACCGAAGCCUCACAGACCUGUCCGAGUGGAUCAGCAGUGACUGGUUUGUUAGUCGUGCUGACUACGAAGAUUUUAACACUGGAUGGCAAUGUGCUUUAGGUUUGUCUGGUGAUUUAGACUUGAGCAUUGCUGUGUUGAAUAGUAUCUGUGUACUUUCCUAUAUGGGGUUGCUGUUGCUCUUUUGCAGAUCUAUAAACUAGCACAGCAUUUGUUUUUGAGUUUGCUGUUGUUAUUUUGCAGAUCUACCUCGUACAGGUCAGGUGAUUCAAGAAGAUCCUCUCCACUAUUGAUUAGCUUGCGUUAACCCCAAAUUCAACCUUUCACAAUUGCAGCUAUAUCAUCUAGACAUUCUGUUUCUCCUUUAUGGGAAAAUAAAAGAGAAAACAAAUGUGUAAGGCAAAUUGUUAUAUAUUACCACUGCCCUUAAAUGCAGUUCAGUUGAUAGGUUCAUCCUUGCAGCACAUUUCCUAUGGCAUACCUUGCUACUAACCGAGUCAUUUGCAAUUUGUUUGACUGAAAUGAGAAAUAGAGAAGUUUGCUUUGAAUAUAA